CCCUACCCAUUUCCAUCUCGCAUGGUCUUGUUACUUACAUCGAAUCCUUUGGUUCUGAUACUGGCGUCUCGAAAUGUGCACCAGCUAUAAUUGUUGGAUUCUGCAUAGCUGGUGAUGGAGUUUCAUUUAUUCUACGUGUAUCCUGCAUUUUGAUUUCCCUCGUUUUAUGUUUUGUCCCUGUUCAGCAUCAUGUCUGUUGUUUCGGAGUCAUCCUAAUUGCUAAUCUUGAGAGACCGUGGUCACAUUCUAUUCCCAAUGUAGGAAAUGUUAUUUUCCUUCACUUUUGAGUAUUCUAUGCCUGCUACAUGGAAUGGACUAACAAAUGUUCGUGCAGUGAGGGGUUUAUCUCUGUCUCUUUUGUCAUGCAUUAUUUAGAUACUAAAGUUGCUUCCAAAACACAAACGUAGGUUGAUGAGGAUGAAAUUUACUGGAGACAGAAAGGGGACAAUGAAGAGUUGGAAUGGUCACAUUACGCAAAAUCACAGUUAGCUCAAUGUUUUAAUUCAUGGCUGUUGUAGCUAAUGCUAUGGUUGGACCAAGAUCCUGGAUUGGAGGACUCUUCAACCGCUCCACCAACAGACGUAAUGACAAAUAUGUUGACUAUCCUUACAGUCCUCUUCAGGUGCAACGGCUUCAAAGACUUCAAGAACGUUUGCAAGUACCAUUCGAUGAGACACGCCCGGAUCAUCAGGAAUCUCUUAGAUCAUUGUGGUAUGCUGCCUUUCCCAAUGUUGUUUUGACGGCCUUAAUAUCGGAGCAAUGGAAAGACAUGGGCUGGCAAGGUCAUAAUCCAUCAACUGACUUCAGGGGCUGUGGUUUUGUUUCCCUGGAGAAUUUGCUGUUUUUUGCCAGAACUCACCCAAAAUCUUUUCAUAGGUUGUUGUUCAAGGAAGGUGGGAAACGAGCAACCUGGGAGUAUCCAUUCGCUGUUGCUGGCAUAAAUGUUACUUUUAUGUUAAUUCAGAUGCUAGAUUUAUAUUCAGUCAAACCAAGGUGCCUUCCGGGAGUCAAUUUUGUCAAAUUGUUAGGAGAAGAUGAAGAAGCCUUUGAUGUCUUAUACUGUAUAGCUUUCGAAAUGAUGGACGCGCAGUGGCUUGCCAUGCAUGCUUCUUACAUGGAGUUCAAUGAGGUUCUUCGGGUAACGAGGACGCAGUUGGAGAGAGAACUGUCUCUGGAAGACGUCCACCGAAUCCGGGAUCUACCAGCCUACAAUCUGCUGUACCAAUAGAGACAUUCAACUGCUUCGCUUCCAGAUAUUGAGCAUCCGAGAAACGCAGUCGCACGGUGAAAAGUUAGGAAAACGCCCGGGUUCAAGUUUCGCGCUUGCCGACCGCAUGCCAUGCAUGUCUGCUUGAGGAUUUGCAGCUACAUGUAGCUGAAAUGUGUAGACUUUUGGUGGACUCAAUGAGAAAAACGUUGGGAAAUUGAAUCGGGCUUGACUUCUGUGUAAUUGUGACCGACAUUUCUCAAACACAGACUUUUUCCUGUAACUGAAACCAGAAGGAACUUUUCUUCUUUUUUUUU